GACAUCCUCUCGACUUUGCAGAAUGUUUUCGGUCACUCACAGUUCCUGGAAGGCCAAGAAACAGUCCUGCAGAGGGUGCUGGCAGGAGAGUCGACGCUGUUCGUCUCAGCAACAGGAGGAGGAAAGUCCCUGUGCUUCCAGCUGCCGUCCUGCCACUUGAAAGGAUCGAUCCUCGUUAUAUCUCCUCUCCUCUCUCUCAUCCAAGAUCAGCUCGAGCACAUGCCAGGUGGAGUCGCAGCUGCCACCUUGAACAGUACGCAGAGCUACGAGGAGUAUCAACGAGUGGUCGAGGGGCUGCGGGCGGGCAAGAUCGACAUACUUUUCAUCGCUCCCGAGAGGCUGAUGACCGACUCUUUCCUCUCUCUCGCCUCGUUCCUCCCGCCCUUCUCUCUUGCCUGCGUCGACGAGGCUCAUUGCCUGUCAGAGUGGGCCCACAACUUCCGUCCCUCGUACUCGCGGCUGAACAUGCUCAUCCGACAACACCUCAAGAUCCCCACGAUACUCGCCCUGACUGCCACGGCCACGAAGGUGAUGGAGCGAGACAUACGAGACGCCCUCAGCAUCCCCGAGGAAGGGACUGUGCGGGUCGGGAUAGUCCGCCCCAACCUCUUCCUCUCGGUCUCUCGGGAGCAGAGCAAACGGUCUGCGCUGGUUCAGCUUCUGCGAGAGGACAAGUGCUUCAGCAAAGGCAGUGUCAUUGUCUACUGUCAGCUCCGGUCUGAGUGCGAGGAAGUCGCCAAGUUGCUCUCCUACCACAAGCUCUCCGCCGAUUUCUAUCAUGCUGGUCGACCACACAAGGACAGACAAAGAGUGCAGAACAAAUUCUUCGACGGCAAGCUUCGGAUAGUCGUCGCAACAGUUGCCUUUGGGAUGGGGAUCGACAAGCGUGAUGUGCAGGGAGUGAUCCACUUCAGCUGCCCCGACAGCAUCGAGAGUUACGUGCAGGAGAUCGGAAGGGCAGGACGAGACGGACGCGAAGCUUUCUGUCAUCUCUUCUACGACUUCGACGACUUUGAGAGGAAGAAAAGUUACGCGUAUUCCGAUGGCAUCGAGCGAAUGAACGUG